UGAAUAGACAUCAGAUGAAACCAACUGCGGAGUAUCUGUUUAUCUAGAUACUCAAGGGCUCAAAGCUCACACUCUCUCCCUACGCGCGUGGCCGCCCUUACCCGCUCAAUGGCCCGUCUGGGAUGGAUUGGCACCGGCGUAAUGGGCCGAUCUAUGUGCUCCCACUUGAUAAAGGCAGGAUAUGAGCUCACCAUCUUCACCAGGACCCGGAGCAAAGCUCAAGAGCUCAUUUCCAUGGGGGCGCAAUGGGCUGACUCCCCGAGAUCUGUUGCUUCCAAAUCGGACGUCGUCUUCUCCAUCGUCGGCUACCCGUCAGACGUCCGACACGUCAUCCUCGAUCCCGAGUCCGGCGCACUCUCCGGCCUCAGCCAAGGCGGCGUCGUGGUCGACAUGACCACCUCUGAUCCCUCUCUCGCGGUCGAAAUCCACUCAGCUGCGACCUCCGCCGGCUGCUCCGCAAUAGACGCCCCCGUUUCCGGCGGCGACCGGGGAGCCCGCAACGCAGCACUUUCAAUCUUCGCCGGCGGGGACCAAACCCUGGUUCAGCGGCUCUCUCCUAUCCUUUCCCUCAUGGGCAGGGUUUACUACAUGGGCACCCCUGGAAAAGGCCAAUUCGCCAAGCUAGCAAAUCAAAUAACCAUAGCUUCGACCAUGGUUGGGCUAUGCGAAGGCCUUAUAUAUGCCCACAAAGCAGGUCUGGAUUUGGAUCUAUAUCUGAAUGCAAUCUCAAUGGGAGCCGCAGGAUCAAAAUCACUGGACUUGUAUGGGAGGAGGAUAGUGAGCAGAGAUAUGGAUCCGGGGUUUUAUGUGAAUCACUUUGUUAAAGAUUUGGGAAUCUGCUUAAAAGAGUGUCAGAACAUGUCUUUGGCACUGCCUGGGUUAGCAUUGGCACAGCAGCUUUAUCUAUCACUCAAGGCUCACGGAGAAGGCCAUUUAGGAACUCAAGCUCUUGUGUUAGCGUUGGAGAGGCUUAACAAUAUAUCCCUGCAAAGUUCUUCUUCUAGAGAAGUUUGAAUCGGUAAAACAAAUCGACUUUGAUCUUGAUUUGGCCGGCCUUAAUGUCUAUAUCUAGCUACAUGUGUUGUGAGUUAUGAAUGCUGUGUAAUUUUCUUGUUUUCAUGGGCCGGGGCUUUGUUGUGAUGUUAUCCUAUUUAAUGCUUCAUCGAGCUUCCUACUUGAGCAAGAUUAUGAGGGUGUUUGGAUCUGAUUCUCAAAACUGAUUCUGCUCCUUAAUGGAUCAGAAGUUGGAGUGUUUGAGUGAAAUUCCAGAAGUGCUCUAAUUUACUCUGAGAAAUUCCAGAAUCAGUUUUUUAGAAGUUGGGGGUACCAGCUUCUGAAUCAGUUCCAAACACCCCUAUCGAUUGCUAUGAGGGGAUGUGACCAAACUUUCUCCUGUCUAAAACUGCCCGAGGGAUCAUCAAUCUCACAUUUCAAAUUUUCAGAAAUCAAAGUUAACUUCUCUGCUUGGCAAAACCUCUUGAUCUUUUUUUGGAUGGAGGGGUUUAGGGUGCUUAUUGCUUGGUCUAAUAAAAAGGGGAUGUCUGAUCUAUUUUUUUUAUUCCACAACAUUUCAAUCACCUUUCAUUCCAAACUUAUUAACAUACCCUCAAGGAUUCGAAUGUAGGGUUUGCAUGGAAAUUACAGCUGCAUCACAUUGCAUGUACAAUUGUUUGACUAUUUAGAUUCGUUUGCCUCCAUUUAU